CAGUGGGAGGAGGGUGAGUGAGCAGGCUCGCAUGUUGUCAUCAUCCGUUAUCUUGGAUCGAUAGGCCCGAUCCGUCCAGCAGACUGCGGUGUGUUUCAGGACCAGGCCGGACCGGAACCUCCACCCUGUCCGGAGCGCACGCGUCGAUCCCUGCUGCACCGACAACCUGACUCAGAUCCCGCUCCAGCGUCGCCAUGCGCUUCACAACCACGUGUGCCGCUCUGCUGUGCCUGCUGGCGGCCGCUGUGGCUGCCGUUCACACCUCCCAGACAGUGUUCUUGGACAAGCAGCAGGCGAGCUCUGUGAUCUCCCGUCAGAAGAGGAACGCUGGUAACCCGGCUCCGCCUUCCAGCCUGGAGCAGAUUUGCAUGGAGAAAGUGUGCACCUACGAGCAGGCCAGAAGUGUCUUCCAGGACUCGUACCGCACGGAUAUCUUCUGGGCUGUCUAUGUUGACGGGGACCAGUGCAUAGAUAACCCCUGCAAAAAUGGAGCCAUGUGUUCGGACAGCGUGGGGGGCUACGACUGCGUCUGCAAGUCGGGUUUCACGGGGGUCCACUGUGAAAAAGACGAGACUCUGUGCACCCUGGAAAAGAACAAAGGCUGCUCCCAGUUCUGUAAACCAGGCUACACGUCCUACGAGUGCUCCUGCGCACAAGGAUGGAAGCUCAGCCGCUCGGACAGGAACAAGUGCGAGCCUGCAGUCACGUUCCCCUGCGGGAAGGUGAGCAGUCUGAGCCGGUGGAACGACAGACUGAGCAGCAACACGCGCAGCAACUUUGAAGGCCUGAGCUGCACCUCUUCAGAGUGUCCCUGGCAGGCUCUCCUGAAGAGUUCAGAGUCCACAGGCUUCUGUAGCGGAGUCAUUCUGAAGGAGAACCUGGUCCUGACUUCAGCUAAGUGUGCAAACAAAUACAGCACCUUCCAGGUGUCUGUCGGCAAGCGCAGCACCAGCUUUGACCCUGGAGAGCAGACGCUGUAUGUGAAAGUAGUUCACGUCCACUCGCGCUACGUGGAAGGUCGCCCUGAAAACGACCUGGCCGUGAUUGAGCUCCGCGACCGCAUCAUCUUCAAGAAAGACGUGAUUGCUGCCUGUCUGCCGGAAAGAGACUUCGCCGACAGCGUCCUGAUGGAGGGGGAGUUGCCAGCCAUCAUCACCGGCUGGAAAGAGCCCAGUCAGGGAUCUUCUUUCCAGGGCUCGCUCACCCUGAACCAGCUGGCCUACAAACGCCUGUCUCAGUGUGUGGAGACUCACCCCAAUAUGAUGACCAAUAAAAUGGGAUGCACCACUCCUCGCGCCAAUGCCGACUGCACCAUGAGCUCCGGCAGCCCCCUGCUCACCCUGUACAGGGACGUGUUCUUCCUCACUGGGGUGGUCAGCCAGCCGGCAGGGGCUGACUGCACUAAAGGCUACAUCUUCCAGAAGGUGUCGCGCUACCUCGGCUGGCUGCGGCCGCUCAUGGGUUCACGUUAGAGUCAGGGAGAACAUGGAGGUUAUUGCUUAUGGAAAAUAUAGGAAAAUGCAGUUGAAUAACUGCUAAACACAGGGAAUUAGAUUUUCAUUGUGCACGUGUUGCUCAACCUCUUAAUUAAUUUUGUCUUUUAGUAGUAACCAUGUCCAAUAAUGGAAAAACUAUCUUAACAACCGUAUAGUCUCAGUGUCUGUGAUUGCUUCCCAUUGAGCUUUGCUGAGUUCCUCAUCUGUCCACAAGGUGGCUCUCUGUUAACAUGAACUGAGAAGCACUUCCUGUAUGUAUCUACCAACCAGAGGGUCAGAAGCAGCGAGAAAUGCAGUGAAUUAUUCAGCAUGUGUUUUGUGAUGUGGACAUACCUUUAAUAACCUUUAAGUGAAGUUAUUUUUAGCGACUACUGUACUGGUUGACAUGCACCUUGUAACACUCCAAAUAAUCACUGUUCUGUAAAUGUAAUAAACUCUAAUAACA